AUUAUAAGUGUGUAGCGUACGUCACGCGGAUAAUCUAUUUAGACCACAGCCGAGUGCAGCAAAAUCUAAUAGCCAACAACUACGGUGGACCUACUCGUAGUGUCCGCGGCCGUUGUUUUCAUUCUCGUGCAACAUUACAAGCGUUCCGGCCGGAUCUAUUACCACUUUUUUCUUUUUUUUUUUUUUUUUCCCCCGGUCGACGAUAUUCACAUAUCACUUGUACGCACGUGAUAGUACUAAACACUCGCCAAACGAUCCGCUAACGACACAAUACCCGCAGCUUUUAUAUAGACAUUACGCGGUGUUGAAUAUAAAAAUAAUAUAACACUGUUGCGCUCGAGUAAACGGCUGGCCGAGGUGACGAAGCGACAAAGUAGUGCUUACGAUAUACACACGAGUCACACGCUAUUCAGAUACGCCGUGACUGUCGUCUGCGCCGGUUAGGGUGUCCGAUAACCAGUGAAAAGCGUCGACAACACGUCUGCCAGAGAAAAGCAACACAUACGAUAUGACAACGAUUAAAUCAUGGGUGACAUUAGCUACAAAUGAUUCAUAUGCUUUGGGUGCAUUGGUUUUGGCGCAUUCAUUAAAAAAUGUCGGCACUAAGCAUCAGUUAACAAUAUUAAUUACACCUGGUGUUACAGCUUCUAUGAAAGAACAAAUACACAAGGUAUUUAAUGAUGUUAAAGUUGUUGAUGUCCUUGAUUCAAAGGACGAAGCUCAUUUGGCUUUGAUGAGUCGUCCAGAACUGGGUAUAACUUUUACUAAAUUGCAUUGUUGGACGUUAAUUAACUAUGAAAAAUGUGUUUUUCUUGAUGCAGAUACAUUGGUUCUGCAAAAUUGUGAUGAACUUUUUGACAGAGAAGAAUUAUCAGCAGCUCCUGAUCCGGGUUGGCCAGAUUGUUUUAAUUCUGGUGUAUUUGUAUUUAAACCUUCUUUAGAUACUUUCAAACAAUUACUAGAUUUUGCUAAAUCCAAAGGAUCAUUUGAUGGUGGCGAUCAAGGAUUGUUAAAUUUAUUUUUCAAAGACUGGGCUCACAAAGAUAUCUCAAAACAUUUAUCAUUUACUUACAACGUUGUUUGGUCAUCUACGUACUCUUAUUUGCCUGCAUUAAAACAAUUCGGUCAAAACAUGAAAAUUGUUCAUUUCAUUGCCUCCAGUAAACCAUGGCUUCAAAAAUUUGAUGUCGGAAGUAGAAUUGUUACAUCAACUUCAGGAGGUUCCGGACUUCAAGCUCUUUUGCAGUUUUGGUGGGAUUUGUUUUGUAAGCAUGUUCAUCCUGUGCUUUCAACACAAAUGAACGAUGUAGUGGAAGACUUAAAUAAAUUUGAACACAAAAAAAGGAGUGAUGAGUAUUUGGAAAAUAAUAGUGACUUCCAAGGGCAAGUAAAUAUUGAAUACAACUGUCCCGCAUGUUUUACUGAACUUCCAAAUAACAAUACCUCCAGCUUGAGUGUUAAUAACAGUAGUUUCGAUACCCCAAAGUCAUCAAAAGUGGUAACUGCGGAGGAAGAACAAGAAGUAGUCGAUGGAGGUUUAGCUGCUCAAUUCGCUAACUUGCCAUUAGGCGAAAAAUCAGCUGAUCAGCAAGCUUUGGAAGACUUUUUAAGGCGUCAAUCUUGGGAACACGGAAAUGUAGAUUAUUUAGGUAAAGAUAGUUUUUCUAAUAUAUGGGCCAAAAUUAAUGAAACAUUGGAAACACCGUCUGAAUCAAAAGUUGAGCCUAAUGUUACAUUAACUACUCCGCAAUCCCUUGAAAUAGUUCAUACGCAAGAAAUUAAACCUCUAAAAUCGGCAUUGAAAAAGACCUCAACCACUUCUCAACCUGACCAUUCAGAACUCACAGGAAGUAUAGAAACAACAACCAAACAACUAGAAAAGUUAGAUUUUAAGAAAGACGAUAGUGAAGAAUCUAAAGUACCACUAACUCCAACUGUUACUUCUCCAACUCCACCUACAACACCUUCUACUCAACUUCAAGAAUCACCAAAACCUAUUGAACCUAGCAAAGAUAUACCUACACCGGAAGAUCCACCGAAAGAAAUACUAAAAACCGUGAAACCUGAGAGUAUUAAAUCUGAACCAGCAGAAGAAGUUAAAGAAUCAGUUCAACAAACUAAUGAACCUGUGAUGACUGAAGAAAAACAUGUUUCUAAUGAACCACCAGUACCACCGAAACGUACCCACAAACCAUCAGGAUUAGAUGACAGUAAAAAUGUACCACCACCUGCUCAGGAAAAAUGAUAAGUUUUGCUUUUACUUAUUUUUAUUGUCAUUAUAUUUACGUUUUGUUUUGUUCCUCGAGAUAAUAAUUAUUAUUGUUUUUCUUUCUUUUUUAUUAACAAAGUAGGAUAAACAAAUGACAAUGGAUAUCUAUUUGUCAACAUUUUUUCUAGUUUAUUUAAUCACUUUAUAUUUAUUUAUACGUUUUCGUUAAAAAUAUUAUAUAUUUUAUUAAUACCAAUUAAUUUUUCAACAAAUAUAAAGUCAAUUAAUUUUAAUAACAAAUUUACCAUUUUUAAUUGUCAAUAUUAUUUUGGUUUUAAUUUAUUGUUUCGUAUACAGAGUGUUCAAUAAGUAAAGAAACGGGCCAAUUAUUACAAACAAUGAGAAUAAUAGAAACUCGUUUCCUUACCUACUGAUCACAUAUAUAUUUUAUUUUUAAAUAUUUUAUGAAAAUUAUUUGUAUAAUGUUUGUUAUCCUAUGUCAGCUAAAAUUACUCAAUUUUUAAAUCUCUUAUAAAAUAUUUAUUAUUUUAUUUUUGUGUAAUUUUAAUAAUUUCAACAUUUAAUUUUAAUGCAAACAUUUCGCGAAGUUUUUGAUAAUAUAUUGUAUGAUGAUA